CAGAGGUAGGACAGGCUUUGGCAAUAAACAGCUGAGAGUCAAGGGUGACACAACAUCUCAGAAAUGUCUCAGGCCCCAUCACUAACUCCAUCGCUGGAUGACAUGGCGACAGAGGAUCGACCUUUGCCCCCGGCCCAGCGGGGGCGGGAGAAGGCCUCGACGGGGCUGAAGACCUUCUGGAGCAGAAUACGAGUGAAGAAUGAGUUACUGAGGCAGUGCUUAGCCGAAUUCCUCGGAGAGUACAUACUGAUCUUAAUGGGAUCGGCAUCUGUAGCGCAGGUCAUCACCUACCACAACCAGAAAGGAUCCUACCUGUCCAUCAGCAUGGGCUACGCCAUUGGAGUCCUCUUUGGCAUCUAUGUGUCCAGUGGAGUCUCAGGGGCACAUUUGAACCCGGCAGUGACCUUGAGCCUGUGCACCUUGGGCCGGUUUCCGUGGUGGAAGAUGCCUUUCUACACGCUGGCGGAGUGUCUCGGUUCCUUCACGGCGGCAGCCAGCACCUACACGAUGUACUACGAUUCCAUCCAUCAGUUUUCCAACGGGAGCCUGUCCGUGCUGGGACCCCGAGGGACGGCCGGAAUCUUCGCCACCUACCCCGCCGAAGGCAUCAGCAACAGCAAUGGCUUCAUCACCGAGGUAAUCGCCACCGCCGUGUUAUUGAUCUGCAUCCUGGCGAUCGGCGACUCGCAGAACGCGAUGAUACCCGUCUUCCUCCAGCCGCUCAUGACCUCUGUUUGCGUGCUCCUGAUCGGGAUCGCGAUGGGAGCCAACACCGGCUACGCCAUCAACCCGGCGAGGGACUUCGGGCCACGCAUGUUCACUCUCGCGGCUGGCUGGGGAUCCGAGGUGUUCACGGCUGGGAAUAGCUGGUGGUGGAUCCCUCUGGUGGCCCCCAUGUUGGGGGGGCUGCUGGGGACACUGAUCUACGAGCUGCUGAUCGAGCUUCACCACAUGAAGACCCUGUCCCCCACAAAGGUGAAGGCGGCCGAGAGGGAGGAUCCCGUGUAGGCCGAGGAGGACUGGGCCGUUCCUCGAACACGUGGCCCCGAGAACCGCACGUGCUCCCAGCCUAUGGUGUACUUUACGCCUGUGGUGCACGAACCAGGCCUGUAUUACACGUUCCAGAUGGUGUUAUGUGGACCAGGCCUCUGUUAAGUGUGUCAGGCUUGUGUUUUACGGACUAGGCCGCAAGUUUAAGUUUCAUUGUCAUUCAGCCAUACACGUGUACAGGUACACAACCAAGCGAAACAGCAAUCCCUGGGGCCACAGUACAGAGUCGCUCACAGUCAGAAGAUAUCACACAAGCCCCUGGGUGUCAUGGCCUGAAGACUGAAGGUCUCCUGGAGCCACGUUUCUGCAAGAACAAAAUCACAGCAGUUCCUCACCUGGCGCUGGGCCAGCCGCAGACGAAGGCGAUCCAACCUGUCUUCCGGGGAGCGAACAGUGGAGAGGCGGCCUGCAGGGGACAUCCUCCACCCCCCCCCCCCGAACCCCACACCGACUCCAGGGCGCCUGUGGCUUCUCCGUCCCCCCCCACCCCCACACCGUUUCCGGUGCCUCGUUGCCACCAGUGGCUUGUGCUCGGCCUAGAGCAGCAGAGGUCCGCAGCCUGGCGCUCUGCAGUGCUGGGAGGGUGGGUGAGGGGGAGUGGGGAGGAGGAG